CGAGCAUCGACCUGCCGAUUCGGUAAUGGAGCCCCAAAAUUGAAAUUAGAUCCUGUAGUGAAAGUUAAACGGGAACACACCCGGUAGAUCUGAUAGGCCGUGCAGGCGGGCGCCGACAAGCUAGCUUUUCGCCAUGCCGAAGAAGAAAACGGGUCAGCGGAAGAAGGCGGAGAAGCAGAAGCUGCGCCAGAAGGAGAUCCGGAACCGCGAAUCGCAACUCCCGGAACAACCAUGCAACGUAGCGAUGGACUGCGAGAAGUGCGGCAAGAAACAGAAGUCUCGGGCGUUUUGCUACUUUUGCCAGAGCGUCCAGCGGCUGCCGGUUUGCGCACAGUGCGGGAAGCAAAAGUGCAUGCUCAAGACCGGUGACUGUGUGAUCAAGCAUGCUGGCGUGUUCACGACGGGGCUGCAGAUGGUCGGAGCCAUCUGUGAUCACUGUGAGGCAUGGAUUUGCCACGGGCGCAAGUGUCUGCAGACGCACGCUUGCGCGUGUCCGCUGAUGGAUGCCGUGUGCAUCGAGUGCGAACGAGGUGUCUGGGAUCACGGUGGGCGCAUGUUCAAGUGCUGCUUCUGCGAUAACUUCCUGUGCGAGGACGAUCAGUUUGAGCACCAGGCGUCGUGCCAGGUGUUGGAGUCGGAGUCGUACAAGUGUCAGUCGUGCAACAAGCUCGGCCAGUACUCGUGCCUGCGCUGCAAGACGUGCUACUGCGAUGAUCACAUUCGCCGGAAGGGCUUCAAGUACGACAAGAACAAGCCGAUCCCGUGUCCCAAGUGCAACUACGAUACGAGCCAAACGAAGGAUCUUAGCAUGUCGGUGCGCAGCCACAAGUACGGUCGCAAGAGGAUGGACGAUGAAGGGGAGGAUGAUGAUUACGCGUACGAUGAUGAGUACAUGGCCUACCGGAACAAGUACGACGAUCAGUACAACGAAGAGUCCGGCAGUUCGUCCGAUUACGAGGACGACGAUGAUGAUGAUGAUGACGAUGACGACGAUGAGGAGGAUAGUGAGGAAGAAGAAUCGGAGAAGGAAGUCGCUGGAACGAGCGGAACGAAAGAGAAGAAAUAAUGGUUCGGGUCAUCUCGUGGUGCACAUCUUCUCAUCUACACUACCUAAACGGUUUCUUUCACCAAACAGAAAACAGGAGCGCAGGUCCUACAGCACGGUCUACGACGAUUGGGGAACGUUUAUUGAGCGCGCGGUAGGAUUUGGCCGAGAAAUUUCGAGGGGCAGCAGUUUAUAAUAAACGGAAAGGCAUUUGAAAACAAA